AUGGCAUACCGAGACCCCUACGUCGACCAAUAUAACUUGGGCACUCAAAAUAACUAUCAUGGCUCUUACGCUCCACGACAGACAUACGACGACAUGGGUCCAGAUUAUGACCCAUAUUCUACGGCAUACGAUAGCGAAUCGAAUCAGCCAUACCACGACUCAAAUUCCGGUACACAGACUUACCCCCCUCAACGACUGCCCUCAACAAAAAUAGCUCAACGGCAGCCCUCAAAUGGAGCCUACAUAACCGACGCCAAUAGAACCAAUAUCCCUGUCCUCGCAGUUGCCCCCGUACGUAAGGAGGGCGGUGGAUUUGAUAAGGGAGAGUUUACGCCGACCACUCCGAAAUCAGUUCGUGCUAUCAAGAAUUAUAGAGUUGACCACCAGGGGAACUUGUGGACGAAAGGAGGACGAGGGCGCUGCGUUGGACGGGUUUGUUGUUGUACAGUUAUGACGGCUGUCUUCUUGAUCGUCAGCAUCGUUCUUUCCUUGGCUCUGGUAGGUCAGGUCCAACCAACAGUGAUUCCGAACUUUAUUUUUGCCUGUUCAAAGUGGAUAAGACCGCCCAGCGUUGUCAUCGGGAAUGUCCAAACUUCUGGGGUCAAUGUUACGGGAGGCUCAGGUUUAUCGAUCAACCUGGGAGUUAAUAUCUCCGUCAAUAAUCCAAAUUAUUUUUCUGUCGACUUUCAAAAGAUUGAAGCUGAGGUAUUUAUUCGCAAUGUGUGGAAACCGUAUAUUUUUUUCCUCAAAGCGCCGCAGAUAUACUAUCCAAUCAACAACACCCUAAUUGGCGGCGGGACUUCAGAAAACAUUAUAUUCCAUUCAAGAUCACAAACUGAAUUCACAUUCCCAUUCAUGCUUUCCUACCAGACGACUCUUGAUCCUCAGGGUAAGAUUUUGAUAGAUCUGGCAAAUAAAUGUGGCGUCAAUGGAGGGACAAAAAGCAACAUAUCAGUCAAUUACAAGAUCACGUUGGGCAUUCGAAUUGUGCUUGUGACGAUUUCUCCUGUGGUCGCCAACACUUUCACAUUUUUGUGUCCGAUCAGCGCAGCUGAGCUUGAGGAUAUGCUCAAAGGAGCUGGGAGCUGA